AGAAAACUUUAACAUAAAAGAAGAAAGAGCUAGCAGAGAGAGAGAGAGAGAGAGAGAGAGAGAGUAAUAUAUUAGCUGUCUUCUUUACCUGAUCGUUUCUUGAUAUCUAUAUUUCUGUGUGAAAAACAAUGUUUCUAAAGCCUAAAAGCCAGUGUUAAACAGAAUCACUGCUGAAAAGAAAAACACUGAUAUUGGAAAAGCACAGCUCAUUCAUUCAUUAGCAGAAAUUAUCGAUUUAAGGGUGUGGGACAACUUUGAGAAAAGCCCUUCUCAUUCAUUGUCAGUUUUCUCCGAUUCAGCUCUCUCAGGUUGGGGGAGGUUCAUUCUACGAUCUGAGUGCUUUUGGGUUUUGGCUUCACUUUUUUAACCAGCUACAGGUCACUGAAGACUUCAACUCUCGUGUCAUUUCAACGAUUUUGGGUCGUCGUCUUUUAGCAUUUUGGACAUUUGGGAUGCUUUUGCAUUUUGUGAUAUGAAGUGGCAGAGGAAAACUGUUACAAACAUGAAUUCCAUGUGGGUUCUAAGAUCUGGUAUCUUGGUAUAGAGAAAUAGUGUCAUGUCUCUGUUGAUUUGAGUUCAGAAGUUGAAAAGGCAAAGGAAAAAAAGAAGCAUUGUUGUUGUUGUGAUGAGUAGGGAGAUGAAAAAAGGAAAACAGGAUAUGAGUUCUGAUGCUGCUGAGAAAAUGAUGGUGGCUGUUAAGGCUUCUAAGGAAAUACCCAAAACAGCUCUUGUCUGGGCUUUGACUCAUGUUGUUCAACCUGGGGAUUGCAUUACACUUCUCGUGGUUGUGCCUUCACAAAGUUCUGGUAGGAAGUUAUGGGGUUUCCCUAGGUUUGCUGGAGAUUGUGCCAGUGGCCACUGGAAGUUGCACUCUGGAAGUAGUUCCGAGCACAAAUCCGACAUAACAGAUUAUUGCUCUCAGAUGAUCCUUCAGCUCCAUGAUGUUUAUGAUCCCAACAAGAUAAAUGUCAAGAUUAAAAUUGUUUCUGGUUCACCACAUGGAGCUGUGGCUGCUGAGGCAAAGAAGACUCAAGCUAGUUGGGUCGUUUUGGACAAGCAUCUCAAACACGAGAAGAAACGCUGUAUGGAAGAGUUGCAGUGCAAUAUUGUAGUCAUGAAGCGAUCUCAACCGAAAGUUCUCCGCUUAAAUUUAGUUGGCUCACCUAAAAAGGAACCUGAUGUGUCAGGCACGUUAUCUUCUGAGCAAACUCAAACAUGUGGAAAAGAAUCGAACAAAAAGGAUUCGUUGGAUUCCUCUCGAGGUCCACUAGUAACUCCAACAAGUAGUCCAGAGAUGUUCAGUAUGACUGAAGCUGGUACUUCAUCAGUUUCAAGCUCUGAUCCUGGAACUUCACCAUUUUUUAUCGCUGAAGUAAAUAGGGAUAUAAAGAAAGCAGAUUUGUUGGCUGCUAAGGAAGAUCAAGAUGUAGAUGAAUCGAGUUCAGAGAGUGAGAGUGAAAAUUUAUCUGCGUCAUCAAGUUUAAGGUUCCAACCAUGGAUGGUGGACAUGAUCACUUCACAUUCUGAACUCUCGCAAAUCAAAGGCAAGAGCUCGUUGAGAACUCAUGACAGGCCACAAGAUUCCACAAAUAAGGCAUUGCUGCGGAAGUUUAGUAAGGUUGAUGAAGAAGGUGAUUUUGGAUCCCCGAGUUACAGAUCUGAUUUGGAUUACAGUGGGAAUGUAAGAGAAGCAGUUUCGCUAUCUAGAAGUGCACCUCUUGGCCCUCCUCCCUUGUGCUCAAUUUGUCAACACAAGGCACCUGUAUUUGGAAAACCUCCUAGGUGGUUCGCUUACGCUGAGCUGGAGCUCGCAACCGGAGGAUUUUCACAAGCCAAUUUUUUGGCUGAGGGAGGAUACGGAUCUGUUCAUAGAGGAGUCCUUCCGGAUGGUCAGGUUGUUGCUGUUAAGCAACACAAAUUGGCAAGUUCUCAAGGGGAUCAAGAGUUUUGCUCGGAAGUUGAAGUGCUCAGCUGUGCUCAGCACCGAAAUGUUGUAAUGCUAAUAGGAUUCUGUAUCGAGGACAGCAGAAGACUGCUAGUAUAUGAAUAUAUUUGCAAUGGAUCUUUAGAUUCUCAUCUAUAUGGUCGUACUAGAGAUCCUUUGGAAUGGUCUGCUCGUCAAAAGAUUGCUGUAGGUGCUGCCCGAGGUUUACGUUAUCUUCACGAAGAAUGCAGAGUGGGCUGCAUUGUCCACCGAGAUAUGAGACCCAACAACAUUCUCAUAACCCAUGACUUCGAACCACUAGUUGGAGACUUUGGUUUGGCCAGGUGGCAACCUGAUGGCGACACAGGUGUCGAAACGAGAGUAAUUGGAACAUUUGGGUACUUGGCGCCGGAGUAUGCCCAAAGUGGCCAGAUUACAGAAAAAGCUGAUGUUUACUCAUUUGGAGUGGUACUGGUGGAGCUUGUUACAGGACGCAAGGCGGUGGAUCUUACCAGGCCUAAGGGCCAGCAGUGUCUCACAGAAUGGGCGCGUCCAUUAUUGGAAGAAUGUGCGGUUGAUGAGCUAAUAGAUCCCCGGCUAGAAAACUGCUACUCCGAACAUGAAAUAUACUGCAUGUUGCAUGCGGCAUCUUUGUGCAUACGGCGGGAUCCUCAGGCCAGGCCUCGCAUGUCUCAGGUACUGCGAAUACUUGAAGGCGACCUCAUUGUGGAAUCUGGUAAACUGUCAGCAACACCUGCUUAUGAAGUUGGAAGCCAAAGUGGAAGAAUUUUGUCAGAUUCGCUGCAACAGUACCAAAGGUUCAGUGGUUCUUUGUUGAAUGAUGGAUUAGAGGGCUUUAGUGCUAAGCUCUCUUUUGACAAAAGGAGCCCCUCAAAUAUUUGGGAUAGGAAUCAAUCCAGGACAGCAUAUUAGGACCAUCUGUAAAUUGCUUCAUAUUGACAUUAAGAUACAUUUGCUGGUUUAUCAGGUCUAUUAGCCAGGCAUUUUUGUCAUAUCUUGUAUAGAAGGUAAGCGUAAUAGCAGUAUAUGUUUUAUAUUUACUGGCUUGUCCGCAUAUUUUGUAUUUUAGGAUUUAAUGAAAAACUGGUCAUCGUACUCGAUCCUCAAGUUGUUUAUUCGUGUAGCUCAAAGAAAAGAGCUCUAUUUUCAUUGGCAAAAAAAGAAUCUGUUGUCGCAA